CAUCCUGCCCGGAGCCGGCCGCGCCUGCGCCCUAGUCUCUAGGUGGGGCGGUGCUCUGGGAAGCCUGACGGCGAGGCGGCUGCUCUGGAAAGUUUUCGCCAUCAUUGUCGCCACCAUGAGCCGCAACUAUAAUGAUGAGCUGCAGUUCUUGGAAAAGAUCAAUAAAAACUGCUGGAGGAUCAAGAAGGGCUUCGUGCCCAACAUGCAGGUUGAAGGAGUCUUCUAUGUGAAUGAUGCUCUGGAGAAAUUGAUGUUUGAGGAAUUAAGGAAUGCCUGUCGUGGUGGUGGUGUUGGUGGCUUCUUGCCAGCCAUGAAACAGAUUGGCAACGUGGCAGCCCUGCCUGGGAUAGUUCAUCGAUCAAUUGGGCUUCCUGAUGUCCAUUCAGGCUAUGGGUUUGCCAUUGGGAAUAUGGCAGCCUUUGAUAUGAAUGACCCUGAAGCAGUGGUAUCCCCAGGUGGUGUCGGAUUUGAUAUCAACUGUGGUGUCCGCUUGCUAAGAACCAAUUUAGAUGAAAGUGAUGUCCAGCCUGUGAAGGAGCAACUUGCCCAAGCUAUGUUUGACCACAUUCCUGUUGGGGUGGGAUCAAAAGGCGUCAUCCCAAUGAAUGCCAAAGACUUGGAGGAGGCCUUGGAGAUGGGUGUGGACUGGUCCCUGAGAGAAGGCUAUGCCUGGGCUGAAGACAAGGAGCACUGUGAGGAGUACGGAAGGAUGCUGCAAGCUGACCCCACCAAGGUCUCUGCAAGGGCUAAGAAAAGAGGCCUUCCUCAGUUGGGGACGCUGGGAGCAGGCAAUCACUAUGCAGAAAUCCAGGUUGUGGAUGAGAUUUUCAAUGAGUAUGCUGCUAAGAAAAUGGGCAUCGACCAUAAGGGACAGGUGUGUGUGAUGAUCCACAGUGGAAGCAGAGGCUUGGGCCACCAAGUAGCCACAGAUGCGCUGGUAGCUAUGGAAAAGGCCAUGAAGAGAGACAAGAUUAUAGUCAACGACCGGCAGUUGGCUUGUGCACGAAUCGCUUCCCCAGAGGGUCAGGACUACCUGAAGGGAAUGGCAGCAGCUGGGAACUAUGCCUGGGUCAACCGCUCUUCCAUGACCUUCUUAACCCGGCAGGCUUUUGCCAAGGUCUUCAACACAACCCCUGAUGACUUGGACCUGCACGUGAUCUAUGAUGUUUCUCACAACAUUGCCAAAGUGGAGCAGCAUGUGGUGGACGGGAAGGAGCGGACGCUGUUAGUGCACCGGAAGGGGUCCACCCGCGCCUUCCCUCCUCACCAUCCCCUCAUUGCUGUAGAUUACCAACUCACUGGACAACCAGUACUCAUUGGUGGCACCAUGGGAACCUGUAGUUACGUUCUUACAGGCACUGAGCAGGGCAUGACUGAGACCUUUGGAACAACCUGUCAUGGAGCGGGCCGUGCAUUGUCCCGGGCAAAAUCUCGACGUAAUUUAGAUUUCCAGGAUGUCUUAGACAAAUUGGCAGAUAUGGGAAUCUCAAUCCGUGUUGCCUCACCCAAACUGGUUAUGGAAGAAGCUCCUGAGUCCUAUAAGAACGUGACAGAUGUGGUGAACACCUGCCAUGACGCUGGGAUCAGCAAGAAAGCCAUUAAACUGAGACCAGUCGCGGUUAUCAAAGGGUAGGACUUGGAACCACAGGGCUGCCGGACCCCCACUAACACUCUCUGAAGUGAAAGUGAACAGAAAUGCUCUUCAGACAUCAGACUCCAGAACUGACAGGUUCCAAAGGGCACAGCUGAAACUGCUCCCGCCAAGAUGGCUGACAGGGAGGCUGCUGCUUUGCGGAGCCAGUGUUUUAAAAUCACUUUUGGGAGGAGACACAUUGUCCCCAUUUGGAAAGGGAAAAAUGUGCCUCCUCCAUUGUCCCCAGAUUUUGAGAAAAAUCUAUUAGAAGGUGGGUAGGGGUCAAGAAACUGCCUUACUCCAUCAUACACACGUUUAGCCAUCAAAAUGAUCUUCUUUACACCAAUCUGUUUACAUCCCAAGAAGUGUCACGAAGAAUAUUCUAUUAAGUAAUUUGAGGGGGGAUGUUUCCCUUCUUCCCUUGAUUUGUCAAAUUUGUCCAGCCCCCCAUCCAUCUAGCCACCCCCUCUAUACUGAACAGAACCCUAAAUACCCUUCUUCCUUAGAGCACACUCCAGGGAUUGUGAUCAAGAUACUAGGUGAAUGGAUAGUGAGCUGUGUUGAGGAAGGAGUGCGUGAGCAGGUAGAAGGAAAGGGGGACCCAAAAGAAACAUUUUCAUGCCCGAGCUACCUUUCUCAUGCUAAAUACAAGGCGGAGUUUUAACUGACCUGCAACGUGACAUCACUAGUAUCUGUCAUUAUUCAGGACUAUCCUGGUAAAAUAUUUUUGAGUAAUGCCUUGCACAGCAGCAGCAAAGAACCCUCACAGAAGACUGAAUAUCUUUACAUCUAUGGUUGAAUUAUUAUAAAACCACAGCUGUGACAGAUAACAGUUGCUCUGUGUUGAUAGAUUUGACUAGUCUUGUGCCACUUAAUCAGAUGUCAUAGUAUAUACGAUGACACCACAAAGUUGUUAAAGGACUGUAGUUGAAGGUUAUGAAGGCCUCUGUUGAAUCUGAACAGCCAGUAAAAUAGAGAAUUUAAUAAAGUUGUAAUAUGUUGCUUACAUUUUGUGCUUAAUGUUUUAUAGCUUAGGAAAAUUUAGUACUUGUAUUUAAUUUACUUUGGACCACAUGGCUUUUGUCCAGGUUCCCUUUGAGACUCACCCAAAGAAAUAUUCCUUCCUAAAUGUAUCCCUCAGUUUAUAAUAAAACCCCAGUUGGAGUAGCAUGUAGAUCAGUGAUUCUCAACCUGGGUCAUGACCUGCAGGAAUUGUAUCAAAGGGCAAGGCAUUAGGAAGGUUGAGAACCACUGGCCUAGAUCCUGUUGUUUGGAAGGGUGGAGAAAAAUUGGCUUCCUCUGAAAACCGUAUAAGACAUGAAAUAGGGGUAACAUUUCUUUACUCGUACUCAGAAACUUUAAUUUUUUGAUGGCAGAGUUUGCAAGUAAUCAAUAAGUUAUAAUCUUAAUGUGAUAAUUGUGGAUCACAUAUGCCUCAGACUGGCCCAGCCACUGUCACACACAGAUGACUAAACAUGUCGAUCUCCCAGUGAGCACACAAAGAUGAGAAACAGGCUCCUGGCAGGACACUGGAUUCUGUAGAGGUGCGACCGCAUUCGAGUGCCUGGGUAGACUCACUGUGACUGGGCUUGCCUGGUGAUAUGUCACUUCACACAAAUUCAGAGCAAGGUCUCAUCCUAAAACCAGCCGAUGUCAGGAAAUGACAUCUUUAAUACUAAGUUGAGUUUUAUCAGAUGAGUAACUUCCAAAGGUAAGAAGGAAGAAAAGAGAAUAGUGGUUUAUGCAAGGAAGUUUUCUGCUUUCAUAAACUUUUCCUAUAUUUAGCAUUCUCUAGCAAACUGGGCCCUAACCAUAACCAUAGAAAGUAAGCCUUCCAAACCACAGGAGAAUCCAUAAGAAAAAAAAGAAAGUAAUGGUAAAUAUGCAUAUAACAAGUUCAAAAAGGAUACAUUGUUUUCCUUUCUCUAAAGAUGUUAUUUUCCUGUUUGAGGGAAAAGCCCCUUAAAAAUAAAUCUUCAAAUGAAGCUGAAGUAACCAGCUAUUUUUGUGCCUGAGUAGAACAAAGAACCCAUCCCUGCACACAUGGGAGCAGCCAGGGACACCCUUUGAGGGAGCACAUUUUAUUAUAAACUGAAGGAUGAGCCUGAUUGCUGGGCAAGUCUUGGUCCUUUUUGAAAGGCCCCGAAGUCAAUCAGUUCAUAAUUAAUACUCCCCAAAGAACUGACAUUUCGCAUACUGAUGAUGUAUUAUCCCAUUCCUGUAGCCACCAUAUGGUUGGGAAAACCAGUUCAUAACUAUAAACAACAUAUGGACACUUGGUAAUUUUCUGACUAUUUUGGAGCAGCAAAGAAAUAAAUAAACAUUGAAUAAAAUCUA